AACCUUGUAACCAAACUAAGCACAAGAGGCAGGUGAUUUGGAAACUGGCGAUAAGAGUCUCCGCUAAUGUUUUUUGCUUUUUCCCGCCAUGGAAAUCGAUUCAGAGAAGAAUCUCCAAAGAAAACAAUCCGUCUACAAUGACCUGGAUGAGAAGUUUAAGAUUCAUAAUGAGACGUAUAAGGGCCAGCAAUACAGCCAGAUAUACUUUGCUCGCCUCCACAUGAUGCGGACUCUGCUGUAUUCUCUUGUUCCGAACUGGAAACCCCAUUUACCCGUUUGUACCGUUUUGGGGCUGGAGGAAGGCAAGGAAUGCAUAAUUGUUGGAACAUUAUACAAGCACAUGAAACUCAAACCUUGCAUUCUUGAUGAGUACUCAAAGGAGAGAUCUGGAACCCCACUUGUUAAGCAUCACAAUUUUAUGCACCCAGAUGAUCAUUUGAUUCUGGAAGAUGAGAGUGGAAGGGUUAAGCUUGGUGGUACUAUGCUUUCACCUUCUGCAUAUGUCACAGGCAUUGUUGUCGCCUUGCAUGGAAAGGAUUCUGGUGCUGGUGACUUCACUGUUCAAGAUGUCCUAGAAGCUGGCCUUCCACCCCAGAUAGAGUUCCCGCUUAAAUCAAAGGAGGACAAAUUUGUCGUUCUUUUUUCGGGGUUGAGCGUUGGAAGCAGCAGAUCUGACCCUCUUGAAUUUCAGCUACUUGUUGAUCAUAUAACUGGACAUCUAGGGGAUGAAAAGGAACAAGGCACUGCAGCACAAAUAGUUCAUGCCGUAAUUGCUGGGAGCUCUUUGGAAAUUCCUGGUGGGCUUAUUAAUGGACAGAAUUUGACUCCAAAAGAUCAGUCCAGGAUGUCUGAGCCUAUUAAAGAGCUAGAUAUCUUGUUGGCACAGAUUGCUGUUGGUGUGCCUUUGGAUAUUAUGCCAGGACCCAAAGACCCAGCAAACUUCUCCUUGCCUCAGCAGCCUUUCAAUAGAUACAUCUUUCCUGGCGCGGCAGCUUAUAACACCUUUAGGGCUUGUACUAAUCCUCAUUGCUUUGAGCUUGAUAAUAUAAGAUUUCUUGGAACAUCAGGCCAAAAUGUUGACGAUCUUGAGAAGUAUUCAGAAGCAAAGGAUAAGCUUGAAUUUAUGGAAAGGACUCUUAGGUGGAGGCAUCUAGCACCAACAGCGCCUAAUACACUGGGAUGCUAUCCUUUUACUGAUAGGGAUCCUUUCCUGAUUGAGAGCUGUCCUCAUGUCUACUUUGUUGGUAAUCAGGAUAAAUUUGCUACAAGCUUAUUGAAGGGAUCAGAAGGGCAGUUGGUGAGACUCAUCUGCAUUCCUAAAUUCUGUGAGACUGGAGUUGCCGUUGUGCUUAACCUUAAAACCCUCGAAUGCCACACACUUAGUUUCGGGACUCAAUUCAGCUCAUAGCAGGGUGUUCUGUCCAGAAUGAAUUGAAGCCAUCGCUUGUCCAAUACCAUGCAGUGAAAUGCAAUGUUUGAUUGUAAAAUUUCUUUAUUUGAAGGCUUCAUUGUUUAAUUUCCCAACCUAAUUUAGUUAGGUAUUAUUAGUUCAAACGAUCAUUAGGCAGCAGUUUCAUUUCAGGUAAUCAGUUUGAUAUAUUUUUAAGGAUCGCGAAUCCGAAUUUACCUGAUUGUUGUUUUAAGUUGUAAUGUAUACAUAAUCUAACAUGCUCUUUUAAGUGUUGGAUUAUAUUUUGAUGAUAAUUCAGGGAAGCUGCUGGAAAACAGUGUUAGGCU